AUGAAUGCAUCUGGCUUUCAGAGACACUCUUCGCUAUACCUUGCUGACGGAAACAUAUGUCUCUCGGCCGCCUCUCCGAGAUUUAUUGCUCCCGUGGAUGGCGCAGCCGAAGCAACACAACCGGCUGGAUUGCUGUUUCGCGUCCAUCGCUCCGUACUUGCUCUUCAUUCGCUAGUUUUCCGAGACAUGUUUAGUAUGCCAGACAUGAGUGGCGCGAGCGAGACCUACGAUGGUGUCGCGCUUGUUCAAAUGCCGGAUAGUGCGGACGACUUGGAAGGUCUUUUGAAGGCAUUCUACCAUGGAUAUAAACUUCCGUACCCAAAAUUGGAUCCGCGCACGCCAGACGGCGUACGAAGCAUUCUCCUCAUGGCUAACAAAUACCAAGUCGAUAGCAUCCGCCAACAGAUCGUGGAACGGCUCGAGUCCGAUUGGCCUCAGAGCUAUGUGGAUUGGCAGCGACAACAGGCAGAAGUUCAGGUCCAACUCGAGUACAACAAACGCAUCGACGAAGGACACUUCCACUAUACAAAGCCUAGCCGACUGGACAAUGCCUUUCCAGAACCAGCGUCAGCCAUUCGCCUCGCACGCGACUGCGAUAUUCCCAGCAUCCUUCCUGCAGCAUUCUACCACCUCUCUCGACUCAACAUCGACGACGACUGGGAUACAGCGAGGAAACCACUCGAUCCGACAGCGCCUCUCUGGGCGGCUUAUACGCCUACCAUGCACAGAACCGUGAGGUGGUCACUUCUUACUGCAGACGACCUACGAUGCAUGUUAGCAGGCAAGGCGGCUAUCCACAAGCAAGUCGUUCCGUCGACAACUAUAGGAUUUUGCCCGCAAGACUACGGUGACGGCAUGGACGAAGUUGACGAGGACGAAGACGAGACAUGUCAGAUGAGCUCUAGACACUCCGAUGGAUCUUAUGGUAAGAGGCUCCGGGAGCGGCUCGUGCGUGAUCGGGGCGUCGACCUGUUGGAGUGUAUCAGGGAUAUGCAGAGGGAUCUUACCGAGCGUACGUUAUGUGUAGUCUGUGAGGAACGCUUCAAGACCAGACUGGAUGGCGAUGCUAUCUGGCGGAAGCUCCCUGCGUGGUUCGGUCUGGUGUGAUAGGCACCACAUCGUGGAGGAGGGCACAAAUUUAGGUCUCCGUGCGUCGACUUCAAUGGCUCGACUUAAGCUUUGUAGUCUGGCAAGCGCCUCAGUAUAUCUGCAUCAGCGUCAAUAUUGGUACAUCUCCCUAUCAAU